CACUUACACUGUUAAACCCGUGGCUAACACUACCUCCAACACAAACUCGAACUCCCAGUAUUCGGAACUUCUCAACUGGAAUUGGGACCUGUUUUGAAGCUCUUUUCUAUGGCGGCAUCUCUGUCUUUCACUCGGUUUCUUUUAUUCCCCAGGUGCAAUUCGAGUUGGCCGUGUUAUCCUUCACUUAACUUUAUGCAGCUUCAGGACAUUAGAUUACACAGUAAAUCGGGCAUUGCAGCUGCUUCCAGGAAGAAAGCUGCUGAGAGUUUUGGCGAAGAACCGGCUGAUGAAAAUGGGGCUGUUGUAAAGAAGAAGACAACUAGGAAACGGGCUGGUAGGCCGGCUAGAAAGAAAUCUAUGUCUGAUAUUACGGAGGAGAAGCCUGAAUUGGUGGUAGCUAGUGAUGCCACGAGUGAUGAAAGCAUCAUUUCUGCACUAAGUGAUGAUUCCAAGAAAACACGGCGAAGAACUCGAAAGAAAGCUGUGUCUGCUUCUACUAGCUUGGAGGAAGAGAAAACUGAGACGAAGGUGAGGAGGAGGACCAGGAAGAAAGAUGAUAGAGAUGUCGAAGAUCAGGGCAGUGAAGCAGAAGUUACUGAUCAUGAGGAGUCUCCAUUUAUUGCAAAUGUGGAGGUUGAGAUUGAGGACCUGGAGUUGGGAAUGAUGGAGGGAGAGGAUAUUAGCUACACAUAUGGUUCCCCUCUUGUUUGUUGCUUCGGAGCUGCACAGCAUGCUUUUGUGCCCUCAGGAAGGCCUGCCAACAGACUUAUAGACUAUGAAAUCCAUAAAUCAAUGAAGGAUACACUAUGGGCGCCUGAAAAAUAUUUUAGGGCUCCUGGGGGAUCUGCAGGCAGUGUUGCAAUUGCUCUUGCAAGCUUGGGUGGUAAGGUCGCUUUCAUGGGAAAACUGGGAGAUGAUGACUAUGGUAAGGCCAUGCUAUAUUAUAUGAAUGUGAACAAUGUUCAAACCCGUUCAGUUCACAUUGAUAGUAAAAGAGCGACAGCGAUAUCACAGAUGAAGAUUGGCAAGAGGGGUAACUUGAGAAUGACUUGUGCCAAACCCUGUGCAGAGGAUUCCUUAUCAAAGUCUGAGAUCAAUAUUGACGUGCUAAAGGAGGCAAAGAUGUUCUACGUCAGCACACAUUCCCUGCUUGAUCGAAAUAUGAGAUCGACUACACUGCAGGCUAUCAAGAUCUCAAAGAAACUGGGAGGAGUCCUUUUCUAUGAUGUGAACCUUCCAUUGCCACUAUGGAAGUCUGUCGAAGAGACAAAGAUGUUUAUUCAACAGGUGUGGAAUCUAGCAGAUAUUAUUGAGGUUACUAAGCAAGAGCUUGAGUUCCUAUGUGGGAUCAAGCCAUCGGAGGAAUUCGACACUAAAAAUAAUGCGAGCUCAAAAUUUGUCCAUUAUAAUCCGGAAUUGGUUACACCUCUUUGGCAUGAAAAUCUUAAGGUUUUGUUUGUGACAAAUGGGACUUCUAAGGUACAUUAUUACACUAAGGAGCACAAUGGCGCUGUUAGUGGGAUGGAGGAUGUCCCGAUUACCCCUUUCACUUGCGAUAUGUCAGCAUCAGGGGAUGGCAUUGUUGCAGCUCUCAUGAGAAUGUUGACGGUUCAGCCUGAUCUAAUAACUGACAAAGGAUACAUAGAGCACACAAUCAAGUAUGCAAUUGAAUGUGGGGUCAUAGACCAAUGGCUGCUUGGGCAAGUGCGUGGCUUCCCACCUAAAGAAGAUAUGGAAGAAGAAGUGGUCCCUGAUCCAAAUGGCAUUAGGUCGAUAACGGAAAUGGAAUACCGAACACUAAAGCCUGUAAGUUGAUUAAGGUGAUUGCACUGAUUAAUAUAAUUCACUGUUGCACGGCAUAGACGGAUGGAGAAAAAAAUUCUUCCCCUAUAAGGGGCUCUGCUUGAUUAUUUCCUUCCUAAACUGGUGGGGGAUUCUGGACGUUGCUAAUAACACCAAUUUUGUAUUGUACGGAUCUCAUUUAUGAUCAAAGCCGGAAAGUUGGAAUUCA